UCAGAAUUCAGCAAGUAUACGAUAAUGAGUUUAUAUAAAUACAUGAAUUGAAGUCAAAAAUAUAAUUUUUCAAAAUAAUUAUCUAAAAAACAUUUAUAUUAAAAAAUAAGAAAACUUCCAAAACGUCUGCAAAUAGUAUGAAUACAAAGCGUGAAAUUCGGGAUACAAUGUUUUUAAUACGAUUAAUAUAUCUACAAGCUCGCUUUCAGACGAAUUGUGCGUAGAAAACCAAGGGUCAACGAAGGCUUGAGGAAUUUGCUCUACAUAAACAGAAGCAAUAAAGAGAAGCGGGAAGGGAGAGGAAGCAAGAGAAAAUCUUAUUGGGGGAAUGCAGGUAAUGGAAACGUGAGCACGUGAUCGUUGAAUACGGUUUCUGAUUGGUUAAACGGAAUCAGCGCUGCUUUCCCUCCCAGCUCGGUACCCGUUCGCGUUGCCCUUCUUCCGAGGUUUCGUACAGCUGCCCGCUCAGAAUAGUUCCAGAUGUGGCCAUGUUUAGUUUGAUCUUUGAAGUUUUCGCUCAUCGUCUCAUAACUGAUACAUUUUUAUACAAUCUGCUGACAUAGUAAUACGCUCUGUCCGACCAUCGUUCUUUUUUCGCCUGCCUGCGACUAGUCUCGUUCAUAAUAACAUAUGUUUUUCUUUUGCUGAGAUAAAUAAUCUAAGUACGCGGAAGUACACGAGAGACGUAAAAAACGCUGUCAAUCCAUCCAGGAUAGACACGAAUCGCGUCGAGUCCGUGCAUUAAAACAUUUUAUUUCUCGAUCAAAUUUCAAUAACAGACGCGCGUCUGAUUAAACUCGCAGUUGUUUUUAUCGGCAAGGCGAGACGAACAAAUUUAUUCGUUGCUCCCUUUCUCUCUCUCUCUCCCAAUUUAUUUUCAAUCGAAAAAAGAGAGCGCUGUUAUCAGAUCACGGAACACACGGGAAUCGUCGAAGUGGAAGCUACGCCUUUACAUUAACUCUACGAAGCUUCGAGUCGUAUCUUUGGGGAAAAACGCUUUUUUCCUUUUCGUUUGAUUAUUACGAAUUUUGAAAAAAGAGAAAAAAGUACGAUAUACGUAUUUCCUAUCGAGCUCUGCUCUUAUCUCCGUAUUUCAUUCGAUACUUAAGAGCGUAAGGAAAAAGAGAUAAUUCUGAAACGCCUACGAGAGCUUAUGGUCGGUCAGCCAUAUGCCACGUCAUGCCACGACGUUGCAGUGGUAAGAUCACGUCAUUUAACGAAAUUUAAUAGCCAAGGAGAGGAGAGACACACAGUGAAAAUCUAUCCAUUUCUUCGCCGAAUCGAGAAGUGCAAAUAGUAAUUUACGGAUAAAUCAGAGAAAUAAAAAGACACUUUAAUUAAACGAGAUAUAUUAGCCUGAAUAUUGUGCUCAGGCGAGAAGAAUUAAUUUGGGAGGAUAAAAAAGAGGUCAGAGACAUGUAACUGAGGCAACGAUAGAAAAAAGACACAGAAAACGUUUUUAAUAAAAACCUCUGGUACGUCCGGUUGUUGGGUGCGCGCACGCGCACGCAAGAGAGAAAGAGAAACGGAGAGACACACGAGAAACACGAUUCUUUGUAGGCUAAUUAGUGUCCUAGUAAACUGAGUAUUUUUGAAAAUUUUUUCAAAUGCUAGAAUUCAGGCACGCGAUUAUUUUCCAAGCAAAGAGCCAUCGAGUGUGGUCGCGUCAAUCGAUCGAAUGAUCAUCGUCGGGCCACAGUGCUAUAUCAUACGGUACAAAACACGAUCGAUCGGGACAAAACAAUGGCAUUAGAGAGUGUUUCCGCGGCUGAGACUCUAAUCCAAAGGUUUGCCUCCAACAUUUUUUAUUCACCAGUCGAAAACAGUCGAAAUUUUUAGGACUGUUUACCAAUUCACGUUACACACAUUUGAACCCCCUCUCCAGAAGCUCCGUGCUGGUCCCCCGCUUUCGUUUCGGUAUAUACCAUUGGCACUAUGAGAAAAAAAAACGGAGUCAUAUUACACUGUUCGAAUACGCGUAACUUACAUCUUUUUGUUCUCUCGUGUCUCCUUUUAUGGUUCUUCAUUGCUCUGAAAUUAAGUCAGCUCUACUCUAGAAUUAUAACAUAAGAUGGUUUAAACGUUGAGUACCUUGGCACGGUUCUUCAGGCCAAGGUUAUCUUCGUGACAAAGAAAUUCUCCGAUAUACAUAUUCCAAUAUUAAAUAGCAGAAAGUAAAUUCAACUUUUUAUGGAAUUAAAAAUGUUCCUUAUGAUAGGCAUUAAUAAAUUUACUUGAAUCAAUAUUCAAGUAAAAUUCCAAGUAAAAAUGUUAGCUUUGUGGUGAUUCAUAAGAUAUGUGUGCAAAUGUUCGUGCGUAUAUCUUAAUUCUUAUAUAUUUAUGACGAUAUUUAUUACGAAACGGAAGUUUGUAUUGAGUAAAAGAAAUAUGCACGGGAUCUUCGGGGAGACGAUAUACAUAUACAGAAGAUAUAUACAUAUAUACAUUUCCCGGUCGAGUACGACGUAUUUAUACAUGUACCUAAUACACAUUCAGAGACUAAAUUUAUACACAGCGCGUAUGUAGAUGUGCGUCAUGUACAUAUGUACAACCUACCUUACGUACCAUGUGUAUACCUUACAUACAUGUGUAUACACGUGAAUGAACGAGACAAACGGGGUCUACACGCGAAGAAAUUCUGACGUACGAUUAUCGAAAAAUGUUACAUGCACUGUUGAUAAUGCUGUAACAAUGACGAUGAGAUAUACUGUAGAAAUAAUGUGAUAUGUUAUAUAUUCGUAUUCAUACUAUUGCAUUGAUGAUGAAUUAUGGUAGUUGAUGAUGAAUAAUGAUGUUAAUAAUGAACACGAUUUGUGGUAAUGAUGAUAAUGAUUUGGAAGAUGGGGAAAUUCCUUCCGAUGAAGAUGAUGAACCUCUGCCACCACCAGUAAAUAACGAUGCCAAUAAAAGUACAUCAAAAGCAGAUGUACCAAAAACUAAAGCUUUUGAUGCUAAAUUCAAUAAAAAUAAGAAAUCAAAUGUUCAAGGAAGUAGCAAGCAUGAUAGAUUUCUAAAAUAUAAAAAUCCAACAGAAGAUUGGGCAGGAGAUGUGGAAAAAGCAAUUAGGGCAGCGUUAGAGGAAGAUGGUACUAGAAAUCAAGAUUCCAAAUCUAAGAGUAAAAAUAAUAGAAAUAAGAGUAGAAAAAGGAUACGGGAUGAAAGAGAGGAAGACCGUAAUAAGGAUCAAAAGAGAAGAAAAGUGAGCGACGACGAAAAUGUUAAUGAAGAUGAAGAUGAAAUGUUAUUUGUUAGGGGCGCUUCGCCUGUUAGGAAGGAUUCGCAAGAGAAUAAUUCUCCAAGACAUACAAACGAACAUGAGAAUUUUGAUAGUAAUUCAGAUUAUGAUGAUAGGCCUAAUGUAAAUCGACAUAGGGAUAAUGAUAACAAGCGUAGUAAUUCAAGAGGAGGUGGAGGUGGGGGAGGACGUAGAGGCGGUAAAAAUGAACGCGGUGGUAAAAAUAAAACCCGUGGACAAAUGCGGAAUGAUAGAAAUGGACGGAGAAAUCAAAAUAAUGACCACAAUCAAGACCCAGAUGCUAUAUGUGUUUAUUUCAUGCAAGGAAAAUGCCAUAGAGGAGAUGAUUGCCCUUUUUCACACAAUGCUUUACCACCUCGAAAGAUGGAACUCUGCAAAUUUUAUCUUAUGGACUGUUGUGCAAAGAGAGAUAAAUGCCUUUAUAUGCAUCAUGAUUUUCCAUGUAAAUUUUUUCAUACAGGAUUAAAAUGUAGUCAGGGAGAGAAUUGUAAAUUUUCACAUCAACCUUUAACUGAGCAGGUGAAAGGGAUUUUGUUAAAACACUUAGAAACAGCACCAAAAGAAAUUCUUGGAGAUUUUCCACGUUUAAGUAGAGAAGGGGCAAUGUUAAUGAUAAAUAAUACAGCUAGAGCAUUAGCGCAGGGUCAAGAAACUACAAAUCAAAAAAUUCCCAGUCUAUUUGAACUAAAUAUAUCAGCUCCAACUGGUACCACAGAAAAGAAUAAUGAAAGGGAAGAAAAAGAAGAACAAGUACAACAGCAGAAAAGUGUUAGAGAAAGGAAAUCGUCAGGUAAGAAAACUCGAUGGGGUUCAGAUGAAGAUAGGGUUCCAUACGAACAAAUCAUGUUGUUACAAUCAUCAGCCAAUGAACUUGGUCUGCAACUUCCUAAUGCUGCAUUGGGUCUAGCAACCCAACAACACUUACAAAAACCAUUAAUGCCCCAAUCUAUGCCAAAUAUGGAUUUUUAUACUGAAGCUAAUAACCUUGAAUUGAACAAAAUAAAUUUAAACAAAGCAAGAGACAGAGAAGAUUUCACAAAAGACGUAGAAGAAGAUGAAAUACUAGAACAGGCAAAAAAGAAAGACACGACACUACUUGAAGAUUCAAAAGAUGUAGAUUUAAGGCAAUUGCUAAAUGCGCAAAAGCCGCCACCUGUUGUUAGUAUAGCUGAUGAAGUAGCAAAUCUUACUAAGUCUAAGUUUGAUGAAGAAAGUGAUCAAGAUGAAGAAACAGAUCUUGUUAUAGAAAUGCCAAUGGAAGAUGACGAUAAGCAGAAAGACAAAAAUACAGAUCAGGAAGAAACAAAUAUCGCAAACGAAGAAACUAAUAAUCACUGUGAUACUUCUUCACCAUGUACGGAAGAGCAAGAAAUACCGGCUCAUUUACCAAAAAAGGCACAGGAAUUGUUCAUGCGUAUUCAGCAACAACAACGGGCAGCACAGGAUAGUUUUAAAAACAUAGAAAAUGAGUUCUCUGCACUUUCGUGCAGACGUACGGAUCAAAUUUUAGAAGAUUGGUAUUCGGACGAUGAGGAUGACGAUGACGAUGAUGAAAGUGGAAAUCUUACGAUAGUACUUUCCAAUAAAGAUACGCUGAAAGAAGAACAUGAAUCUGCAGAAAAGUCACAGAGUAUUGUGAUUAAAGAAGAAUUUCAAACUACACCUUCUGCUCCUACUAUACCUCAGCCAGCAGCUAUUGUGGACAAACUUGGAGACUUAAGUAAGAUUGACAUUAGUGCUGAGGUAUCAAAGUUAUUAUCGUCACUAAAGGCGACGACUGGUAAAUCUUUCCAACAAAAUACCACACAAGAUUAUUCCUCGAAAGUUAAAUCUUCACCGGACAGAAUAUCAUCGGACGAAUCAAACAUUCACAGUAAAAGUAUCAACAUAUUUAAUACUUCAAAUCAGUUAUCAAAAAUUGAAAAUGAAACAUCGAGUCCACGUUCCUCCCCUGGAACAAGUUCUGUACCUGUUUCCAGAGAUCCCCGUAUGUCACGAGAUCCCAGACAACGUCGAGACGAACAGAAAUUGAGCAGCCCUAGUAGAACAGAUAGUAAAAAAGAAUCUAAGCAUCUUAGAUUGGAAACGAGUAUCUACAGUUCCGGCAUUACUGCUGUUGAUACUAACAUGGACACAGAUCUCCGAACUAAGACAGAUCAGGAUCUUCGAAGAAAGGAUAUGGAUUUUAGACAACAAUUCCAAACCGGUUUUGGAGAUACUGAUCUUCGAGUUGUCGGGGCAGGAUUCACCGAUGCGUCUACUAAAUCUGAUGUGGAUUUGCGACAAAUGUUGAGCUUGCCUUUUAAACCGGCACCAUCGCACGUACCUUGUACGGAAAUUGAUGCGAGUAUUUCUUCACAUCCUCCAAUGACGUAUAAAGUAUAUGUUGUUGACAUACCAAGGCCUGAUUAUACAGGUCUUAAACUUACUAAAAAUGAUGCACAGGUGAAAUACGAUCCACGAUUACGUAAAAUUUUUAGAAUCGGUAAAGUCGAAUUAGCUGAUUCUCCCAUGUCUCCACCUCCAAUUAAAAUGGAUACUCCAAAGUCACCCCCGCAAGUCCGAUCCGACCCACGCCGAAAAGCUCUCGAGGCUUCCAAUUUAUCUUCUCAAAAUGUAAAUGCUUCCAUGAUGAAGAAUGUUCAGCAGUCGUCAAUAGAAUUGUCGAACAUGGUGGUGGGACCUGGUGGUAUGUCUGUUCCUCAGGGUAUGCCUGGACCACAAGGUAUGCAAGGAGGACAAGGCAUGAUGCCAAUGGGUCCAAAUCCAAUGCUUGGAAAUAUGGGGCCUAUAGGACCUAUUAUGAAUACUCCCAUGGGCCCUCAAAACAUACCACCUAUGGGUAUGACGGGAAUGUCCAACAUGCCUCCGGGAAUAACCAUGAAUGGACCAGUUGUGCCUCAGAAUCAGAUGAACUUUGAUCCACGUUUUAAUGUUCAACGCAACAAUGGCGCUGGGUUGUUAGGCCCAGCACCUGGUGUAGGCUUCGGACCAGACGUUAAUUCUUCGUACGAUGGUGCGCCAACGUAUCCUAGUGGUAAUUUCAAUAACUUUGGUCCUGGUCCUACUUCAGUGCCUCCAGAUUCUGGUAUGAUGGGAUUCAAUCCGAAUGGUCCGAAUCCAAACUUCGGUAUGGAGGGGCCUGAGUGGAAUGGAACAAACCAAAAUAGACGCGGUGGACGAAUCAGGCGACGAAAUCGAAAUAGGACCAAUAUCGUGAAUAAUAAUUAAGGCAAUAAGCAAUUUCAAGUAGGUACAUAAGCAAAGUACCUGGUGAUAAUUCUCAUUGUAAUUUAAAUUUGUACAGCAUGCAUUAAUGAUAAUGCAUUCAUUUAUGGCGGUCCAGAUUAAUGAUCUUUUGAUUGUGUCAAUUGUACAUGGUGUCAAAUGCUCGAUAGUGAUUAAAUAGCAAAAUAUAAAUUUAAACUAUUGGAAGAAAAAUAUUAAAUAUUGUACAUGAGUUACACUUUGAAGCAUUUCUUUGUAUGAAGUAUAAAUACCAAUGAAUGAUAUAAGUAAUGCUCAUAAUUAUGUGACACUCUAUUUUAUUUAAAAAAUAUAAAUCAUUAUAUACAUGAGAAAUAUAUCAAAUAUAUCUAUGAAUAAUAGCAAAUGAAAUUUUCAGCGAAAAUAUAUAUGUAUAUAUUGAACAUCUUCAUCCAUUUAAAAAGACAUUUAAUAUAUAAGAUAUGAUGAAUGAAAAAUCUGAUUAUAUAGAUUGAUUUAUAUCUUUUUUUUAUGUCUUCCAUGUAUGAUACAUAACGGAAAUACAUACAUACAUAUAUAUGAAUAUAUAUAUGAAUAUAUGUAUGUGUGUGUAUAAUUUAUAUGCAAAUAGUUCUUGAAUUCUAGAAUGCAUAUAAGUUUUAUUAAAUUAUGUUUAGACAGCAUCAGAACGACAUAAAUUCAUUAAACAUGAAACGGCCUAAGGCCUAUUAUUAUAAGUCAAAACACCAAUAAAAUGACAUAGUACAUGAUACAGUAUGAAAAUGCAAUAUUUUAUAAAAAAUUAAUGUACUUAUAAGAGUUUUGAAAAUAAUUGUACAUGGACAUACUUUUUUACUUACAUUAGAAAAGAUAUAGAUAGAUAUCAAAAGAUAUUUCAUUUCAAAUUUUGUAGGGACUGCAGAUUAAAAAUGUAUUUAAAUAAAUGUGAACCUUAUGAUAAU